ACCCUGAGUGUUUAACCAGGGAAUAUUUACAGCCUUCUCGUUCAGGAGAGAUGAUUGCAUUGAUUUUCUUUUCUGCCCUGCUGUGGGAGAAGGCUCAAGCAUGGGGAUUCAAGGACGGAGUGCUGCAUAACUCCAUUUGGUUAGAGCGAGCAGCCGGCGUGUACCACAGGGAGUCCCGCCGGGGCAAGUACCAGCUCAGCUACGCCGAAGCCAAGGCCGUCUGCGAGUACGAGGGGGGACACUUGGCCACCUACCAGCAGCUGGAGGCAGCCAGGAAAAUAGGUUUCCACGUGUGUGCUGCUGGCUGGAUGGCCAAGGGCAGAGUUGGUUAUCCCAUAGUGAAAGCUGGAGCCAACUGUGGCUUUGGGAAAACCGGGAUUGUUGAUUAUGGGAUUCGCCUCAACAGGAGCGAGCGCUGGGACGCCUACUGCUACAACCCCCACGGAAAAGAAUGUGGCGGAGUCUUCACAGAUUCCAAACACGUUUUUAAGUCGCCAGGCUACCCAAAUGAGUAUGAAAAUGAUCAGAUUUGCUACUGGCACAUUAGAGUGAAGUAUGGACAGCGUAUCCACCUGCAGUUUCUGGAGUUUGAUGUGGAAGAUGACAUUGCUUGUAUGGCUGAUUUCUUGGAAAUCUACGAUAGCUACGAUGACAUCAAUGGCUUUGUGGGCAGAUUUUGUGGAGAUGAGUUGCCAGAUGAUAUCAUUAGCACAGGCAAUGUUAUGACCCUGAAGUUUUUGAGUGAUGCCUCAGUCACUGCUGGGGGGUUUCAAAUCAGAUACAGCACGAUGGACACACCUUCCAAGCCAAGUGAUGGGAAGAAUGCAACGUCCCAAGGCAAAACAAACUUCUUGUCUGGAAAAUUUGGGAUUAUGUGAGCAGAGGAACGAGAUGCACUCA